CGCCCAGCACGGCGGCCGCUCCGGCAGCAGGCAGCGGCCAUGGAGGGCAGUCAGGGGAGCUCGCCCUCCUCAGCCAACUCCUCCGAGGAGCUCAGCGCCGCGCUGCCGCUGACCAAGGGGAUGUCCAUCUUCCUCGAUAUAUUAAGAAGAGCAGACAAAAAUGAUGAUGGCAAACUGUCUUUUGAGGAAUUCAAAGCAUACUUUGCUGAUGGAGUCCUGAGUGGAGAAGAAUUGCACGAGCUUUUUCACACCAUUGACACACACAAUACUGACAACCUUGAUACAGAAGAACUCUGUGAGUAUUUUUCCCAGCACUUGGGAGAGUAUGAAAAUAUGCUGUCUGCCUUAGAAGAUCUAAAUGUUUCUAUACUUAAGGCCAUGGACAAAACAAAGAAAGACUAUCAGAAAGCCUCUAAAUUGGAACAGUUUGUGACUCGUUUCUUACUGAAAGAAACACUGAAUCAGCUACAGUCUCUCCAGAACUCCCUAGAGUGUGCCAUGGAAACCACAGAGGAACAAACUCGUCAGGAAAGACAAGGACCAGCAAAGCCAGAGGUGCUCUCAAUUCAAUGGCCAGGAAAACGUUCAACUCGAAGAUUUCAGAGGAACAACAGCUUAUCACCAAACAGUCCUCAUUUUAAUACAGGUUGGUUAGAGGAAGACAACCAGUGGAUGACCCAGAUAAACAGACUCCAGAAGCUGAUUGACAGGUUGGAAAAGAAGGAUCUGAAGCUGGAGCCACGGGAAGAGGCGGUUUUGGAAGGAAACACAAAAUCUCACAUAAUGAUUGUUCAGCGUCAAAUGUCUGUGCUAGAGGAAGAACUAGAAGAAUUCCGACUCGCUCUGAAACAAUAUGUGGAGUCUGCUUCUACUCGGACUGGAUGUUUGCAUGUUUCCAUACAGAAGCUUUCAAGUGAAUCCCGCUUCAUUGUUUAUGAGUUCUGGGAGAACACCAGUGCCUGGAAUAGCCAUCUCCAGAUGAACUACUGCAAGACAUUCCAAAGGAGUAACGUGGACUUCUUGGAAACUCCAGAACUCAUGACAACUAUGCUAGUACCUGCUUCCUGGUGGGUCCUGAACAACAACUAGAAGCUAUCAUUGUGGCUCCAAGUAAUGGUAAAUGUUAUAUUUUGUAUUCAAACCACAUCCAUACAGCAGUCGACAGGUGCUACAGCUAAUGGAACAGGAUGUAACAGUAUUUACCAUAAGCACGAUCUUUUCCAUUUUAAAACAUGUGAAAACUAUGUAUGCAUUACAUUCUCUCCUUGUGACUCUUUUGGUGAAAUCUUUUUACAAGCUUAUGUAUGGGCAUCUGUGCCCCUGCUAAACUGCUAGAGAUGUGUGUUUGCACGUGCUCAAACCAGACAAAUUAUUGUACAGAAAUGUGUCUUAUAGAAAUGGUCAGUGCAUGUAAGCUUUAAGUACUUUGACGGAUUUUAUCUUUAUGCUAAUAAAUAGUUACUCCAA